GAUAAAUUAUUCCUAUGAAAGAGUUUGAGACAAGAGAUAUUUCCGUAUCCUCGUACCUUUCGGAACUCGUUUACACGCAUCAUUCCACUUCUUCCAAACACAAGAAUAAUCUAUAUCCUUUUCUUUUCUUUUCUUUCUUUUUCGCCUCUGAUCCUCUUCUUUCAAGAAUUUCCAUUGACGAAGAAGCAUAAAUUGAUUCCAUCACCCAAUAUUUUCAUCAUUUCUUUUUUGCUUUCGUUCUCCUACCAACUUAAUAUUAUAAAGAUUCAUCAUGGCUACAAAAGGGAACCCUGGAGACAAUAGAAAUAAUAGGAGUCCAAUUUCUGUUUUCAUCAUAGUUGGUUUGUGUGGCUUCUUCUAUAUAUUGGGUUUGUGGCAACGGAGUGGCUUUGGAAAGGGAGAUAGCAUAGCUGUUGAGAUCACUAAACACACAGAUUGCAGUGUUCUAUCUGAUCUAAACUACGAGACUCACCAUGAUGAUGAUUUUGGAACAUCUGAUGGUUCUGACAUACAAGUCAAGGAGUUCAAGCCUUGUGAUGAUCGUUACAUUGAUUUCACGCCUUGUCACGAUCAAAUGAGAGCGAUGAAAUUUCCUCGAGAAAAUAUGGCUUACAGAGAAAGGCACUGUUUUCCUGAUGAAGACAAAUUGCGUUGUCUCAUACCUGCCCCAAGAGGAUAUGCAACACCAUUUCCAUGGCCCAUGAGUCGUGAUUAUGUACCAUAUGCAAAUGCACCUUACAAGAGUUUGACAGUUGAGAAGGCUGUGCAGAAUUGGAUACAAUAUGAAGGAAAUGUUUUCAGGUUCCCUGGUGGUGGAACGCAAUUUCCCAACGGCGCUGAUGCUUACAUUGAUGAACUUGCAUCUGCUAUUCCAUUGGACAAUGGGAUGGUUAGAACUGUAUUGGAUACUGGUUGUGGGGUUGCUAGUUUCGGUGCAUACCUAUUUAAGAAAAAUGUUAUUGCUAUGUCAAUUGCACCAAGGGACUCUCAUGAAGCACAAGUUCAAUUUGCUUUGGAAAGAGGUGUUCCAGCAAUCAUUGGUGUUCUUGGAACAGUAAUGCUUCCCUUCCCGUCCGGAGCUUUUGAUAUGGCGCAUUGUUCUCGCUGCUUGAUUCAAUGGGGUUCAAAUGAUGGAAUAUACAUGAAGGAAGUGGACCGGGUUCUUAGACCUGGUGGUUACUGGGUAUUGUCUGGUCCUCCUAUCAACUGGAGAAUGCACUUUCGUGCGUGGCAGCGUCCUGAAUAUGAGCUUGAGGAGGAACAACGGAAGAUUGAGGAAAUUGCUAAACUUCUAUGCUGGGAAAAGAAAUAUGAAAAAGGUGAAACUGCGAUCUGGAGAAAACAAUUGCAAAGUGGUGAUUGCACUGAAAGAGAAACUCAAACAACAAUGUGUGCAACCACAUAUUCUGAUGAUGUCUGGUACAAGAAAAUGGAAAGUUGUGUAACUCCUAGUAAACCUACUGGUCCAUGGAAGCCAUUCCUAGAGAGACUCAAUGCUGCUCCUUCCAGAAUUACCAGUGGAUUUGUUCCUGGUGUAUCUGUGGAAGCAUUUGAAGAGGACAACCGAUUAUGGAAGAAACAUGUGAAUGCUUACAAACGGAUCAACAAAAUCAUUAGCACGGGGAGGUAUCGCAACAUAAUGGACAUGAAUGCUGGCCUGGGAAGUUUUGCUGCUGCACUGGAAUCUCCCAAAUUAUGGGUUAUGAAUGUUGUGCCCACAAUUGCUGAGAAAGCUAACCUGGGUGUUAUAUUUGAGCGUGGAUUGAUUGGCAUUUAUCAUGACUGGUGUGAAGGCUUCUCCACAUAUCCAAGGACAUAUGACCUUAUCCAUGCAAAUGGUGUUUUCAGCUUGUACAAGAAUGGAUGUGAUGCAGAAGACAUUCUAUUGGAGAUGGACCGUAUAUUACGGCCCGAAGGAGCAGUAAUAUUCCGAGAUCAAGCUGAUGUGCUAGUGAAGGUGAAAAGAAUUGUGAAAGGAAUGAGAUGGAAUACCAAAAUGGUGGAUCAUGAGGAUGGUCCAAUGGUUUCAGAGAAGAUGUUGUUUGCUGUCAAGCAGUAUUGGGUUGCAGGUGACAACACCACUAGCUCGGAGUGAUGAACCUAAGCAGUGUGAAAUGGAAGAACAGUUCCCAAAUGGCAUUUGACAAACUGAUUCUACUUGUGACUUGGAUUCAAGAUAUUUCCAGCUGAGUCAGAUGUGGCCAUGAAAUCGUCUGGUGUCUUAACAUCUGUGGUAUAUAUUUUUCUUAUUUCUUUUUGUUAAAUUGUAGAGUUUAUAGUUGUCCUAUUUGUUAGAGUUCACGAAACUUAGUCAUAAGAUUUGUGUAUUUGGCUCCUCCAGAGUUACAUUUUGUACUUCUAAAGCAAUCAAACCACAAAAGACUCUUUAGAUCAUAAAGCUAUAGAUAUGAUCUUGAAACUCAGGUCAUGAAUCAUUAUAGAGCUUGGUUUUUGUUUUA